AUGUUGAAUCAGACGGGGAUGCUAAUAAACCUUUUAUUGGAAUUGGAUAUCAUGGAACGAUUUUAUAAGAGAUUGUCACAGAGUGUUGAAACAUCAUCCUCAUUAAUCAAAGCCCUACGAUGGCCGCAUUAUCCCCACCAUCCAAAACGCCUCCCAUUUGUGAGAAGAGAAACUCUUUGUUUUUUUUUCGUCACCCUCGUUCCUUCACUACCUUCUUCUUCCUGUCGCUGCCUGCAAUCUCCGCGAGACACCACCAGGCGCGAGCUCCAUCGCUGCUCCUCCGCAGCCGCCGGCAACCCUUCACAACCACGACCCACCUUGCGAUGUUGCUCCUCCGCGAGCCCUUCUCAGUCCACGACCAACAGCAAGCCGGCGAGCCUCUGCCACUCCGGCGAACCAGCGAUCACCGACGACCUCUCGCCUGCAACUUCCGGCGAACACGCGCAGCAACUCGACGAAGUCCUUGCACCGUUGACGACCUGCAGCAGCGAGUUCUCUUCCUCGCAGCAGCACGUCGUUGUGUCAAAGCCGCACGUCGAGCCUUCCCUUUCCGGCGAGCUUCAGCAAAUUCCGGCGACUAAGAUAUCUUGA